GCCCAUUAGCAGUGAAUCGAGUUAUGAGGCGUUAACAAUCAUUAGGGUUUCAAUAACAAUCUAUCGACAGCAUCUAGGGAAGAAAAAAGGAAUAGAGUCUUCAAAGAUUGAUCUAAACUUAUUUUUGUUCAUCGACCUUUGUUUGGAGCUUGAAACAAUAUGAAGACGAAGAUAUCCAAUCUUCCUAUGGAAUUGCUAGAGGAGAUUCUCUCUAGGGUUCCGGUGAAAUCCAUAGUAACAGUACGAUCUACUUGCAAAAGCUGGAACGUUUUAACUAAAGAUCAAAGUUUUGCCAAUAAGCACAUUGAAAAAGCAGCAGCAGCACAACGAGAAAGGGUGGUUCUUGUGAUCACGGGGGAUACCAAUGAUCUUGUGUUAAGCGUCAAUCCUUAUGACUUUCACAACAAAACCUUUGGUCCAUGCAUAAAUCGUAAAGGUAUACUUAUUACUCCAAAAAACUCAGAUAAAGUUUGCUUUGUACAACGUGUCUUUCACUGCAACGGUUUACUGCUAUGUAUAUGGAGACGCAACAAACGUUGGCUUUUGGUUUAUAACCCGUAUUGGGGUAAAACAAGAUGGAUCGAAUGCCCAAUACAACGUUCGUAUAAUGAGUUGUUUGCUUUUGGAUACGACAAAUCAUGUGGUAGCCAUAAAAUCUUUAGGCUAAGCACCAGUGAUAAUUUCGACAUCUACGACUUGAGUUGUGAUUCAUGGAAGACUCGUCCUCAUGCAGCUUUUCACAGCAACAAUGUAAUAAAGUAUACUGAACCUGGCGUGUCUUUGAAGGGAAACUCUUACUGGCUUGCUAAAGAUAAGCAAUCAGGAAAGAAUUUCUUACAGUGUUUUGAUUUUACGAGAGAGGGUUUUGGACCGCGUCUGCCUAUACCAUGUGAGUUUUUUUCUUUUGCGUCUCUGUCUUCGGUUAAAGAAGAGAAGCUUGCAUUGUUGUUUAAACACCAGUGUGGUACUAAGGUUGAUGUUUGGGUUACGGAUAAGAUCGAGCCCGGCGCUGUGUCGUGGAGCAAGUUGUUCAAAGUUGAAACGUUGCAAUUACUCUGUCAUGGUUGUAUGUUUGGGAGUUUCUUGAUUGACGAGGAGAAGAAGACCGUGGUGGUUUUUUAUAUUUACGGCGGAUGUUACACAAAAAGUAGAUAUAUCAUUGAUGGGGAGAGUGGUGAUAUCAGACAAGUGGAGAGAAUAGGUUCUCAAGACUCGAAACUUUACAAUCUUGUCGGCUGUUAUGUUCCAAGCUCUGUGCAAGUCUAAGUUAACUUAUCUCUCUCCUAUCCUUAAUGAUCGUGGCUGCUGCUUCUAAUAUUCUCUUGAAACUCAAUUGUUUUGACAUCUUCAUUAUAUGUUUCUGAAUGACUUUAUCAUCCUCUACUUGUACUCUCUUCAAAAUUCAAUUAACAGACCUUCAAAGAUUUAGAUGUACUGUGUUCAGUUUUCACUUUCCCUAUAGUUAAUAGUGAAUCUCUUUUAUUUUCUUUAUCAAGAAACAUAACUCCUUCAACCUAAUAAUUACAAAUCCAAGAACUUGGCCUUACCUUGAGCCCAUAUGAUAAAUAUACAAACUUGAAAGACGACAUUGUAUACUUGUGUCAACUAGACUAUCGCGCUAUUUAAUUUCAUAUUAUGUACUGAUUGAUCUUCCAACAGAAAAACAUUGUUCAAGUUCACGAUGUUCUAUCUUCAGUUCCCAAAA